UGCACCGACCUCAACGCUAUCUGCAAGUGUGCCGGCAAGGGUCUCGCUGUCAACUCGGACUGCUCGUGCCGCAAGCGCUGCACCUGCUGGGACCAGUGGGCCUGCUGCAAGAAGGGUGGCAAGAUCGACGAGAACUGCCAGUGCAUUAUCCCCUCCAAGUCGACCAAUGGCGGUGGUGGUGGCGGCGGCAAGCCUGGCAAGCCUGGCCACUGGUGGAAGUGGAAGCGUGACGGUCUUUGCGGCACCCAGACCGCCUGCCCCCUCUUCGACGGCUCCAACGAGUACGAGUGCCUCGACACCCAGUCUCACCUUGAGUCGUGCGGUGGCUGCGCAUCUGAGGGCACUGGCCGUGACUGCACUGCUAUUGCUGGCGCCGCCGACGUCGCUUGCGUCGCUGGCCAGUGCGUUGUCUCCAAGUGCCUCCCAGGCUUCGAGGCGAACUCGACCUCGUCGUGCCUCCCGCGCCUCUCGGCCCAGCUUUAAGCAGCUUCGCCGCUCACGGUCCCCCGAUUUCUCAUCUCCAUCGGGCAUCAGCACUCUCCUUUUCGGCGUGUACGUCUUCGAGAACAUUGGAUCCCGGUCGACCCGUCUUACCGCGCGCCGGCCGCUAUCAUCUUCUUUCCGCAUCAUCGUUUCGGCAUAGACUCAACAUCCGACCCCUAUCCCUCACCAUCUCCACGGACCUUUUGGACGUUCACCCCUUCCCUCCCCUUCUAUCGUAUAAUCCGC